UGUUCAUGACUUAUUCUUGUGUUUGAACUUGUUGAAGAGAGACCAAAAUCUUUGAGUGCAAAGAUCUGGAUGGGUCCAAGCAUCCCAAACAGAGACAGGAUGGAUCCAACACCACAGAGUCCACACACGCAGGCAGAGACACAGCAAACAGUUUGGCCAUAAUCCACACUCUGGAUCAGGCUGGAUGUGACAGAAGGGCACAGGGAGAGGUGCUCAGGAGGAUGGCUCAUUCAGGAAUGUCUCACAGAGUUUUUAAGGCAGAGCUGAAGUUUUGAGCUCAUGGGGUAAUCUCCUCUUCCCCAGGACCCUGUGCUGAUAUACAGAACACACACAGAUCCACACUGCACUCAUAGCAGCCCCAACCCUUGGGCAGCCCUGACACUGCUGAGCAAACAGAAUCGUUAAGGUCGGAAAAGAUCUCUGAGAUCGAGUCUAAUCUAUAACCAAUCACCACCUUGCAACCAGACCAUGGCACUGAUUGUCACAUCCAGUCCUUGAACACCUCCAGGGACAGUGACUCUGCUUCACUGGGCAGCCCAUUCCGAUGUCUAAUCACCCUUUCUGUGAAGAAAUUACUCCUGACACGCAACCUACACCUCCCCUGGCACAGUUUGAGCUCAUGUCCCCUGACCCUGUCCCUUGUUCCCUGGGAGCAGAGCUGACCCCCGCCCGGCUGGCCCCUCCUGUCAGGGAGCUGUGGAGAGUGAUAAGGACACCCUGAGCCUCCUUUUCUCCAGACUGAGCCCCCACAUCUUCCCCAGCCUCUCCUCAUGGCACCUGUGCUCCAGACCCUCCCCAGCUUUACUGACUCAGCAGCUCAAUGUCCUUCCCGGACUGAGGGGCCCAGAACUGACACGGGGCUGGAGGUGUGGGCUCAGCAGUGCCCAGCGCAGGGGGACAACCAUUGCCCUGGUCCUGCUGGCCUCACUAUUGCUGUACGGGCCAGGUGCCGCUGGUGUUCUGGCACAGGACCAGCCGCCUGUGCUGGAGGUGCCGGCACGACUGGACCCUGCCCUGCCGCCAUCAGCCUUUCCGCGUCGGUCACGUGACAUUGUCCCACGUGACCGCGGGAGGAGCGGGCCGAUGAGCGCCUCGCUGCCCGUGAUUGGCGGCGGGGACAGGCGGCGCAGCUCCCCGAUUGGUUCCGCGUUCAGCCCUGCCCGCCAACACCCCGGGGAUUGGCCACCCGCGCUGUCCAUCACGCGGCAGUACCGCGGCGCGGCGAUGGCGGCACGGUGGAUGCUGCGCUGGGUCGCGGCGGCGGCGGCCGCGGUGGCGGCGGCGCUGGCGCUGGACAACGGCCUGGCGCGGACACCGCCCAUGGGCUGGCUGCACUGGGAGCGCUUCCUCUGCGGCACCGACUGCGCCGCCGACCCGCGCCGCUGCGUCAGCGAGCAGCUGUUCGUGGAGAUGGCUGACAGGAUGGCUGCCGAGGGCUGGAGGGACGCCGGCUACGAGUUCAUCUGCAUUGACGACUGCUGGAUGGCCCCGACGCGGGACGAGCAGGGCAGGCUGCGGGCGGACCCCAGGCGGUUCCCCGGCGGGAUCCGCAGGCUCGCCGACUACGUCCACUCCAAGGGUCUGAAGCUGGGAAUCUACAGCGAUGUUGGGAACAAGACGUGUGCUGGCUUCCCUGGCAGCUACAACUACUAUGACCUGGAUGCCCAGACAUUUGCUUCCUGGGGUGUGGACCUGCUCAAAUUUGAUGGCUGCAACUCUGAGUCACUGGAGCUGCUGGCAGAAGGAUACAGGCGCAUGUCUCUGGCCCUGAACAGGACUGGGAGCAUUGUGUACUCCUGUGAGUGGCCUUUCUACCUGAGGCCUGUGCAGCAGCCCAAUUACACAGAGAUCAAACAGUACUGCAAUCACUGGAGGAACUUCUAUGAUGUCUAUGAUUCCUGGAGCAGCAUCAAGAGUAUCUUAGACUGGACAGCACUUCACCAGGACACCAUUGUGAAGAUAGCUGGGCCAGGGGGCUGGAAUGAUCCGGACAUGCUGGUGAUUGGAAACUUUGGGCUGAGCUGGGACCAGUCAGUGACUCAGAUGGCCAUGUGGGCCAUCAUGGCUGCUCCCCUCUUCAUGUCCAACGACCUGAGGCACAUCAGUCCUGAGGCCAAGUGUCUGCUCCAGAACAAAGAGGUGAUUGCCAUCAACCAGGAUCCACUGGGCAAGCAGGGAUACCAGCUCAUCAAGGACAAGAACUUCCAGCUGUGGGAGCGGCCCCUGUCUGGCCGAGCCUACGCUGUGGCCGUGCUGAACCAGCAGGAGAUUGGAGGACCCCAGAAUUUCACCUUCUCCCUCACCUUCCUGGGCAAUGGGCUGGCCUGCAACCCAGCCUGCUCCAUCCAACAGGUGCUGCCAGCCAGCAGGGACUGGGGCGUUUACAGCUGGAUCUCCACCCUCAGCGUGGAGGUGAACCCCACAGGCACUGUGCUGCUCAAAGUCCUGCCACUAUAGGCAGCACAGAGACAAUCUUUUCCUAAGCCUUAGGCUCUGUCUGAAUUUGUGGCAGGAAACUCAUCUCCUUCUUCCAAGCAGGUGCCUUUCUUCUCAGGCGUUCAUUAUCUGAACUUUCAGCCUAAUGUGACAAAUAGCCAUCACUCCAUCAAGAGGUUACAGAAAGGGUGCACAGCAGAGCAGUGCCCCUUUCCCUGGCAUCUCACCCAACUCCUCCUCCAAGGGCUGGAAGGGCUCCAGCAGGGCAGCAACUCCUGUUUAUGCCCACUGCCACUACCAAGCAAGGAAAGGCAAGGGAUGCACAAGCAAGUGUCUUACUGAGUCCUUGGGUAUUUCAGGGACAAUAGGGAAACACACCUUGGCCACCUUGCUGUCUUUUCCAGACCAGGGCACACAGUCCAAGAAAAGCUGCUCCCACCCCCACUGAGGAAACCCAACACUUCCAUCUUCUGACAACUCAGGGACUGACAUGAACCAUUGCACUUCAUAGCAGCUUUCUUGACAGCUGCUAGCAUGCCUUAGGACCCAAGUUUUUGAGGGUUUCCCCUCACUCCAGGAAUAUCUCACCAGUGGCUGUCACUUCCCUUUAGAUGACAGCUCCCUCUCCACCCUUCAUAUGGCCACUGGAGUCCCCUUUCUCCAUGAAUCCUGCCUCCCAGAAAUCCCUGUGUGCUCGCUUCCCACUGCUGGCAGCAGCCUUUAGGUUGAAUAACGUGGGCUCUCCAAGGCAGGAGAUGGAUAAUCACUUAAGCAACCAUCAUGUGCAAAUAUAUUAUCUUCUGACUACAGUACAAUCAGGAUUUCUUGAUUUGUUCUUCUGUGAUUAAGCACUUUGAUUAAAAUCCCUUUAAAAGGCUAUGCUUUUUCUUACUUGCAGUAUACAAGAGUACAGCAUGGUAUCUGAAAUUAAAUAAUGGUUUAGGAAACAG